GCGGCUGUUGAAGAAGCAAGCCAGUGUGGCGUGGGCUCCCUUCUGUGUGAAUAAAAACCUUAAAACCUCGUAGGCGAUUUUGCCCGUUUUGGCUCGCACACAGUCCCCAGUUCACAACAGCAGCAGUCCCAGCCAAGCCAAGUCAACCAGCAAGCAACGGCAACAAUGGCACGCGGAGGAGCAGUCGGACGCCCGAAGAAGGAUGGAGACCACACGCGCAAGCCUCGCAAGAAAAAAGACAAGAACGCACCCAAGCGCGCGCUGUCGGCCUUCAUGUUCUUCAGCAACGACAUCCGCGAGACUGUGAAGAAGGAGAUGCCGGACUUGCAGUUCCUCGAGAUCUCAAGUGAAAUUGGUCGUCGCUGGAAGCAGAUCUCCGACGAGGAUCGCCGGCCGUACGAUGAGCUGGCCGCCGCUGACAAGCGGAGAUACCAAGAGGAGAAGGAGGACUACGUUCCUGACCCGUCUUUUGAGAGCACCAAGGGCUCCCGCAAGAAAAAAGACCCGAACGCCCCCAAGCGUGCGCUGUCCGCUUACUUCUUCUUCUGCAACGACAUCCGCCAGGAGGUGCGUGACGAGAACCCCAACAAGAAGAUCACGGAGAUCGCCACGCUGCUGGCCGAGAAGUGGCGCGCGCUGCCAGACAAGAAGCGCGCCAAGUAUCAGAAGUUGCACGAGGAGGCCAAGGCCAAGUACCAGCAGGAGAUGGACGCUUACAACUCGCACGGCGCAGUGGAGCAACACGACGACGAAGAGGAGAACGACGACGACGAUGAGGAUGAGGAAAGCGACGAUUAAGCUGAUGUGUCGGCUAGCCUUCUCUCUGAUGCGAAGCAAGGUCGACCAGCAGCGCCUAAUCUUUCUUUUAGCUCGUAGUAGUAGCAGGUCAACACACACGUAUCCUCUUUUUAUUCCUUCAAACUUUUGGUAACGUUCGUGCGUUUUCCCUUUCAACGUGUCCACGAAUGUACGUGGCGUCC